CCACCACAACGCUCACCACCACAGACAGCAGCCCACGGCCUACGGUCGCGGCCUCCACUGUAUAUAAAGCGUGAGUGAGAGAAACAAGGCAGACAGUGACCUGCUCCUCCUCUCGUCGCCAACAUGAUGAAGCUGCUGAUUGUGUGCGUGGUGGUGGCGGCGGCGGUGGCGGCGCCCACCUACGACACGCCCAUCCCCAUCCUGAAGGACGACCGCACCCAGAACGCCGCCGGCGAGUACUCCUUCAACUUCGAGACUGGCAACGGCAUCGUGCGCAGCGAGUCCGGCUACCAGGCUGACGGCCAGGAGAACUCCGGCGCCUUCAGCUACACCAGCCCCGACGGCACUCCCGUGGCCAUCUCCUUCACCUCCGGCGCCGGUGGUUACCAGCCUGAAGGCGCCGUGCUGCCUGUGGCCCCGGCGCUGCCCUACGAGCGCUCAGACAUCUUUGUACAUUAAACACCCACGCCCACCAAGUGUCCUCGCCCCUCUCCCACCUCUUCACUUCAUCUAUCCACCUCGUCCCCUCCCACCUUCCCACAGGCUUCCCUCCCUCUUCAUCUCUCCACUUAGUCCACUUUUUGUCUCCUCAUCUCCCCACCACCUAUAUUACACCUCUCCACUUCCUAUCUCUCCAUCUCUUAUAGCUAUUUCCACCUCUCCACCUCCUAAACCAAUCAGCUAUCCAUCUCUCCACUUCCCCUCUCUCUUUUCUACAUCUCUACUCGCUAUCCUCCGUCUCUCCUCCCUCCACCUCACCACCUUCUCUUCCCACACACCGGCGGAACUGUAUUUAUUGUGGUCCUCGUGGCGGCCUCGCUCUUCUGUGUUCCUCUGAGUGCAAAUAAACCAUGAGUAACUGAAC